AUGCUGCAGAGUGCACUGUGCUCAUUAUCACUCGUCGAAGACCUCGACACCAUCGUUAUUGAUGCCAAGACAUGUAACCUCGGCACCAAUAAUUAUGACAUCGAGUGUGGAGCAGGCACGAACCAAACAUGCCCGCGCCUCCCUCCCGCUUCCCCAAUCCCUAACCGCUCCCGCUGCUGCCGUCGUCGUCGGAGUGGGGGCGCCGAGAGGGGAGGGGCAUCCGGCCGCUCCUGCUCCCGAGGGGAGGCGGCGGCAGGCAAUGGCGCGACGGGUGCGGCCGUCGCACCUGAUGCUGGCGGUGGCGGCGACCUAUCUCCUCCUCAUCUCCCUCAAGUUCUGUCGCGUGCUGGACCUGGCCGCCGCCGACCUCGCGGCGACCCCACCGCCGCUGCCGCUGUCGCCGCCUUCUCCUCGCCGUCCUCCUACGACCACCUGCCCCCGCUCGGGUCCUCCUCGUCCUCCGACGCCACCGCCACUUCCACAGCCUCUCCGUUCCCGGUCCGCCCCUUCUGGCACCGCUACGAUCGCGUGUCCCUCCCCGGCCCGACCUCGCGUCCCGCAACCGCUCUGCGCUCGACCGCAUGGCCGACGACGCCUGGGCGCUCGGCCUCACCGCCUGGGAGGACGCUGCCACCUUCGCGGGGGACCCCUGGGCGCUGCUCGCCGCCGCCACCUCCCGCGCCUCCGACGCCGCCAAGUGCCCCUCCGCGGUCUCCCAGCGCGCGCGGGGCCGGGUCGUCUUCCUCCCCUGCGGCCUAUGUCGAGAAAUUCAAUGCAACAAAGCCUGUCCAAUAUUCCCACGGCUGGAAGUUCUGCCAGUAUGGUUGCCUGGAGAACUACUACACGGCCCACUAUCAGUCACCUAGGCAGAUGUUGUGCUUGUGGGAUAAGUUGAUCCGUGGUCAGGCAUCCUGCUGUAACUACAGAUAGCUAAGCGAAGCAAAGGAUUGCUGGAUGCUGUCCUCGCUUCAUCAUACCCCAGCCAGGUUUAGUUUGGUUGGCUGGUGUUCUCCUUUUUGACAUGAUCACCGGAUCAGCAUCGAUAGUGUAGGUGUUGUUGCUCCUCCAUUGCCGACUCAAUAUGAGCUAAAUGCAUGGGUGUGGUAGGAGCUUGAAGAUUUAGGAAGCUCCAACCAGUUGGUUAGUGUUUUUACACGAUCUGUAUUGGUCCAACUGUGGUGUUGGCGUCCUUGUUCUUGUAAUUGAUCCAAUUUUGAUGUGGUAGGCCAGAUUAGAAUGUCCAGAUGAGUUGUACGUCUCCAUUAUUUUGUUAUAUAUAAGUUAUAACUAC